CAGAGUAAUCAUAUAAACAGAGAAGGACGCUUAGACGAAUUUCUGGAAAUAAUCUUGAUUCAUUAUCUAUGCGAAACAACAGGGUGUCACUACAGCCAUGGAAGUGUUAAAUUUGCCCCCAAAGGAGCCUACGAUCUUCUACUUCGACCAUCAUCAAACGAUUCCCGAUUUGUUCACCCCCUUUUUCCAUACCAUACCGUCAGGUACUCAAUUUACGUCCGCAAACCAGUGAAAAGAUUUCGACUUUUUGCAUUCUACUACAUUUUCUCGCCUACUUUGUGGAUCGUCCUGCUAGGUUCACUUGGCUUGGUAACCUUGGUAACCUUGAUGAUUCGCAACGCGUCCUCCAACUUCAGUCCAGUUCAGGAAGCUCUCCAAUCGCUGUACAAUCUGUUCGCCAACAACGGUUCCACCGACGGCUUCUACGGGUCUUCUUCUCUUAGAAUCGUGUUCAUCGUUGGUUCGACCUUGGUUCUGAUCUUUUGGAUAUCGUUUUCGACGUUUCUUAUUGCUGAGCUGGCGGUUUCUCCAGCAAACCGACUUCACGGCAACUUACAGCAGCUGAUGACAGGUCGUAUGCUGAAAGCGAUCUGCGUUGAUCCCAACUCUGCAGUUCAUGCGCGUUUGCUCAACACGGUUCGGCCACUGGUCAAUGCCAACCCGUGUCCAGCUGAAUGGCCGCAGUGGGUGAAUCUGUUCAAAGAGGUUUGCGAAUCGAAAACUUCCAAAGUGGGAUUUGUAGAAUCAGGCAAUUUUCUUCGCGAGUACAACUUUUUCCACCAGAGAUCACCGCCCUGCCAACUCUCCUCCGUGAUGGACAAUGUGUUCCAAAUUCCGAAGGCGAUCGCCGUCCAUCGAGGGUACCCCUACAGGGAGGAAGUGGGACAAGUAUUCCUUAAAAUCAAAGAACGCGGAAUAGCUCAACUGGUGGCGAGGCAAGUCUUUGAAACGUUACGUGCCCAGAAGAGCGGAGGUACCAUCCAAGAAGGCUAUCUGAAGAUAUCUUUGCGCCGAUUGACGGUUACGUUUGCACUGCUCGCAAUCGGAGCAGGCCUGGCUUUUGUCAUCCUGAUCCUCGAAUGGGUCACGUUUGUUCAAAAGCAACCAGCCUGA